CUCAGCCACUCUGACUGACACCUUUGGGCCAUGAAAUGGAUACUGUUCCUUGGGGUCCUUAUUGGGCCCAGCAUCUGUGGCCGAGAAAAGUUUUUUGGGGACCAAGUUUUUAGGAUUAACGUCAGAAAUGGAGACGAGAUCAACAAACUAAGUCAGCUGGUGAAUUCAGACAACUUUAAGCUCAACUUUUGGAAAUCUCACUCUACCUUCAGUCGCUCUGUGGAUAUCCUGGUGCCAUCUGUCAGUCUGCAGCCAGUCAAAUCCUUCCUGAAGUCCCAGCACUUAGAGUUCUCAGUGACAAUUGAAGACCUGCAGGCCCUUUUAGAUAAUGAAGAUGAAGAAAUGCAACACAAUGAGGGGCAAGAACGGAGCAGUAAUACCUUCAACUAUGGGGCCUAUCAUUCCCUGGAAGCUAUUUACCGUGAGAUGGACAGCAUUGCCCAAGAGUUUCCUGACUUGGCGAGUAGGGUGAAGAUUGGGCAUUCGUUUGAGAACCGGUCAAUAUAUGUCAUGAAGUUCAGUACUGCUGAAGGCACGGGGCGGCCAGCCAUUUGGCUCAAUGCAGGCAUCCAUUCCCGGGAGUGGAUCUCACAUGCCACAGGCAUCUGGACCGCAAGGAAGAUUGUGUCUGAUUAUGGGAAGGACCCAGCCAUCACCUCCAUCUUGGAGAAAAUGGACAUUUUCCUGCUGCCAGUGGCCAAUCCUGAUGGAUAUGUGUACACGCAGACUAAAAACCGAUUAUGGAGGAAGACAAGAUCCCUAAAUCCUGGGAGCCGCUGCAUUGGUGCGGAUCCAAAUAGAAAUUGGAACGCUAGUUUUGCAGGAGAGGGAACCAGUGACAACCCUUGCUCUGAAGUGUACCACGGACCCCACGCCAAUUCAGAAGUGGAGGUGAAAUCAGUGGUAGAUUUCAUCCAAGAACACGGAAACUUCAAAUGCUUCAUGGAUCUGCACAGCUACUCACAGCUGCUGAUGUAUCCGUAUGGGUACACGGUCCACAAGGCCCCAGAUGCGGACGAGCUGGACGAGGUGGCCAGGCGUGCGGCCAAAGCAUUGGCUUCCCUGUCGGGCACUAAGUACCAAGUGGGUCCUACCUGCACCACUGUCUGACGUGAGAAGCACAGCAUCAGGGAAAGCAAAGACCUUCUGUUCCAACUUCAGCAAGGCUCUAUUAGAAAACUCGGAGAAGCCAGACCUGGUGGGAAGGGAAGGAUGACCUGCCUCGUCACUGUGAAGCGGUAUUUCUAAAGGUAUUUCCAGAGGCAGCUGGUGGUGAACAGGUACUGACCUGUUAAGGAGGCUGGUCAGAGAAGACACCAGAUCUUCCUCCCUCCUCCCCUCCCACCCCAGGGCUAUCAGUAGGAUCAAUAUUUAACCUGCAGGUUUCUCUAUGUCCUCCAGGCUCCCUGGUGCCUGAGUAGGAGAUCUAGAAACCAUUCUGUUUAUUCUGGAAAACAAAUGAAGAGGGACUUGUGUAGCCAGAAAGACACUUGAGCAAGCUGGAAAGUGGACAAAUUGCACGGCUGGGGAAGGCCUAGUAAUGAAUAACACUGGCCCUGGGAGAUGGUGUUUCCCUCCCACCCCUUUGCCAGGGCUGCAGGGUGGUAGAAGGGCGUAGGUGCCAGCUCUGAGGUCCCAGAGGCCGGUGGUACCAUGAUCUUUGGAUAUUAAACCAGGAGGUUGGGAGGAGAUGAUCUCCCUUACUCCCCAGGCAAGGAGAAACAGUAACAAGUUGAUCAAUGUUUUCCUGAGUUGCUCAGAUCUGAUGGGAGUAUUUGCUCCAGUAACAUCAGAAUUUUACUUUUUAUUUUUCUGACACUUGGACCAAGUUUGUGGACCCUUCACCAAUUGCUACCAUCAAUAGUGAGCACUGUAAGGUUCAGAGUAAAGUUGUUGCUUAGGAUUCAAUGGUCCUGGGUUCUAAAUCUCUGUUUUUCAACACCCUGAAAUAUCUAUUAAAUUUCUCAUGAUCUCAAACACCCAGGGUAUCUCUGUGGUCCCAGGAAAGGAUAGGCCUCCCUCAGUAAAUCAAUCAGUAAAUAAAUCCUGGGCUGUAGGCAGGCUUCCUGGGGUCACAUAGAUGAAUAGGUUUCAGCCCCAGCCCACAAGCAGUUUGUUUCAUGUUAGACUGAUGGCUUAUGAAGAAUUAGAAUCUAUACAGUAUGUGAUGAUAGAGGGAGGCACAGGUGUGAUUACCAAAUUGGAGAUAUGAUAGGUCACCUGUGGCUGCCCCCACCCAGGAUGGCCCCAGUGUGAGAUUUUGAAUGAUGAAGAGGAUUUAGAAACUCUAGGCUAGAGCACAUUAAGCCACGUUUUCGUGGGUCAUUGUUUUCUUGGAUUUUCAGUACUCAAUUUCCUCUGAAAGCACCUGUUUGGCCUAUUUCUCGAAGGUGGGAUACGCCUGGUUUUUUUGUUAAUUCAAUCACACUUCGUGUGUGUGUGGUGGGGAGCUGGCUCUGUUAAGAAACUGUGGUAAAUCCUCUUGUUAAUUUAAGAAUCCUUUUGUAAUAUGAAUGAUGAUACUCGUGUUUUGUUUUUUAAGAUUACAUUUGAUAUAUUUAUUUCCAUUAAGCACCCAAAGGGGACUUUUGGAAAUUAAAUAUAAUUUAGUUUGGGAGUUUUAUUUGCAAAUGUUGGAGCACUUUCACUCGAUCUCUGAGCCCCUCAGGGUGGUCCCCAACCAGAAGUGGGAAUUAAUACCUUUAAUGAAGAAGGGAUUCACGGCAAGCAUCAGAUUUCCUGCAACCUCCUCACCUGGCUUUGGCUGGUUAACUCCUUUAUAUCUUAAGUAACUCAGCUCAAGUGCCACUCUCUCUCUCUCUUUUUUUUUUUUUAGCUUUAAUUCUUUUGUGUGUGGUAAAAUAUACACAACAUUAAAUUUACCACUUGAAUCAUUUUUAGUGUACAGUUCAGUGGCAUCAAGUACGUUCACACAGUUGUGCAGGCAUCAGCGCUGUUCCCUUUCAGAGGUCUUUCAUCUUUCCCAGCUGAAACUCUGUCUCCAUUGAACGCUAAGCCCCCACUUCUCCCAGCCCCCACCAACCUGGGGACCACCAAUCUGCUUUCUGUUUCUGUAUCAAAUGGCAUUUUUGAAACGUCACAUUUAUUUUAAUUGGUUAUACAGCACACUGUUUAAGAGUCAGCAAAUUUUAUAAGACAUCAUAAAAAGCAGCUGAGUCCUGCUCCCUGCACUUCUUCCCCCCACUUCUUGCUCUCCAACAACAACCAUAUUGAAUUCUUUUAGUCUUGACCUUCAUGUUUAUAAAAUUAGAUAAGGUACUUAUAUUGUUACUUAUUGGUUUUUCAAUUUCAGGCCAUUUCUAUUGAUUUUCCACUAUGAAAAAAAAAGAAUUUAGCUUUCCUGUAUUUCCUUUGACAUGUUUUAUUGUGAAGUAAAUCAAUCAUAUGUACAAGAGCCUGGGUAAAACUUCCAUAGCCUGUUAAAAAUAAAAUUAAUUGUCUUUUACCUGUUAUUCGGCUUAAGAACAAGAACAUGACACCAUGUUAGAAGCCUGCAUGGGCCCCUCGCUGGACUCCUCCCCAGAUGAAACCACUAAUCCAUACGAAUAAUUUCCUUCCUUUUCCUUAUCAUUGACACUUCUGUGCACAUUUCUAAACAAUAAAUAGUUUAGUCUUACCUAUUUGAUAUGAAUGUACAUAAAUGGAAACCUACAUUGUCUGUUCUAUUUCUUUCACUCAGCAUUUUGAGGCCUCAUCCAUUGAGUGCAUGUAUCUGUAUCAUUUUCUCUGUUACAUUCUGCAUGAACACAGUACAUCUCCAUUUAUUCAACCUUAUACGUAUAUCUUAGUGCACAUGAGCAAGGGUUUCUCCAGACCAUAUAGCUGGGGAUGGAACUGUCAGGGCACAGGGGGUGCAGCACAUUUUCAACUUCUCUAGGUAACAGCUGUUUUCCAAAGGGAUUGCACCAAUUUAAAGUUCCCCAGGAGUGCUCCAUGAGAGAUUCUAUUGGCUCCCCACCCUUGCUAACACUGGCUAUUGACUGACUUUUUAACUUUUGCCAAUUUGGUGCUGUGAUAUCAUAAUUUAACUGUGGUUUUAAUUUGCUUUUCCCUGAUUACUAAUGACUAGUUUUCAUAUGUUUGUAGAACAUGUAACUCCCGAGAAAUACCCUUCCUUGCUUUUUGCCCAUUAAAAAAAUCCAUUCACAGAUGUUCCUUAUAUAUUGUGGAUAUUAAUCAUUCACCAGUUGUAUGUGUUGUAAAUGUGUCUUCUCAGUCUGAGAUAUGUUUUUCUA